AAAGAGUGCGUAUAUUACAAGUGUGCUACGUGCUCCGAAACGCGGGGCUCUCCUAUUUUUCGAUCCCUCUUUCGCUAUCUCUCUCUGUCUCUCUCUCUCUCUCUCUCUCUCUCUCCCUCUUUCUCAUUUGGCUCGUCCGUCUCUGUCCCACGGCCGCAAGUGGCUAGCAGCAGCAGCGUCCAAGAGGGCGAAUUCACGUGAAAGGAAAAGAGAGAGAGAGAGAGAGAGAGAAAGAGACGACGACGGAGACACACACAAAGCAGCAGCAUCAUCGCGGUAACGCACAACAAUCGUCGGUUAUAAUACACAUUGCGCGCGGCAAAGUGAAAGAGAGACAGAGGUAACAGCAGCAGCAGCAGCAGCAGCAGCAGCAGCAGCAGCAGCAGCAGUGCAGUGCGUCUAUGUGUCUGUGCUAGUGUUCGUAUGUAUGUGAAAGGUGUAACGAGACCGUCCGUCUCUCUCGCUCCGAUCAUUGCGGGAAUUCCAUCGCUCAUUACACUCCUCCUCCUCCGUGUAAGUGCCUGCGGGGGUAUACUCUUUCUCCAGUGCCUCAGCGUUGCUGCAACUCGUACUGUGUAUACUCUCGCGCCCGCCUCUCGCUGACGGAUCUGCAGCAGCAACACGCCAACAACAGCUGUUUCGCGCAUCGGCCGCGUAAGCUCCUGCGAAGAGCGCGUCAACGUCCUCGCCGAGAGACUGCGAGAGAGGAGCGAGCGAGAGAGACACGACGAUAGCCGUUGAUUGCGCGGAUAUGCAGCGAAGAGAGAGAGCCUGCAGCGUCGUCGUCCUUUGUUCCUCUUCUCUCUGUCGUGGUCUCCCAACUCUUCUCGCGGCCUCUCUCUCUCUCGCGCGCUUCACGGGCGUAGUGCAGUGUGCGGCCUGGCAGUUGUCGAGACCAUUUCUUUGCGACUUUGCGAGAUAUACAUUUCUGAGAUUGCCAGAAGAAUAAAGUUGUGUAUAAGGAGUUUGGAUACAGUUUCUUUACCGCUUCAAAGAAAUUUGUAUAUAAUCCGAAGAAUUCAGAUCUGUAAGGGUGUAGCGUGUUUGUCUUUCUUAAUUGAAAAGAGCUAACAACGAAUAGAAUGUCAGUAUUGAAUCAGAGCGGAGAUGAAGUGGUUGAGUGUCCGCUGUGUAUGGAGCCAUUGGAGGUGGAUGAUUUGAACUUUUUUCCAUGUACGUGUGGUUAUCAAAUCUGCCGUUUCUGCUGGCAUAGGAUUCGAACUGAUGAGAAUGGUUUAUGCCCUGCCUGCCGCAAGGCCUACUCCGAAAACCCUGCUGAUUUCAAGCCUCUUUCAAAAGAAGAAAUCUCUAGGCUGAAAGCAGAGAAAAGAUUGAAGGAUCAGCAACGAAAACAGCGUGUUACUGAAAAUCGUAAACAUCUAGCUAAUGUAAGAGUUGUUCAGAAGAAUCUUGUUUUUGUGGUGGGACUACCUAUGCGGCUGGCAGAUGCCGACGUUCUGAAGAAGCACGAGUAUUUUGGAAAGUUUGGAAAAAUUCACAAAGUAGUGAUAAAUCAGAGUACUUCAUAUGCAGGUUCUCAAGGUCCCAGUGCAUCAGCUUAUGUCACUUACCAGCGUCAGGAAGAUGCAUUGCGGGCUAUAGAAGCUGUAAAUAAUAUAGUCGUGGACGGCCGGACAAUAAAAACAUCUCUAGGUACUACAAAGUACUGUUCGCAUUUCAUGCGAAAUCAAAGUUGUCCAAAACCGGACUGCAUGUAUUUACAUGACCUUGGGGACCAGGAAGCAUCGUUUACCAAGGAGGAGAUGCACCAGGGUAAACAUCAGGAAUAUGAAAGAAAACUUGUGCAAUCUUUACACAUUAACAGUACGUCACAACGGAAACCAACGCCAUCGCCACCCGUUGGAACGGUCGGUAGCACACGGGAAAAUGGGCCAAAUUCACAAGCCAAAGAAGCUUGGCCAUCGUUACAACCAGGUCAACAAACAAAAGAAACACAAUCAAAUUGUAAAGAACCCUCGCCUCCAACGCAAACUCCCACACCGACGAAUAGCAUCACAAAUCACGAGAACGGCACCACAAAUGGGGUGCAGAACAACACCGCAUCUGCAACGCAGAAACAGAACAACAAUAACAAGGGUGAGAGUGGUGUGAGUUCACGGCGGGGGAAAAGCAACAGCGAGAGUAAGGCCCAAGCAGCGCGUAAUAAACACAAAAAUUCGCAAAACAAGGAGAAACACAGCAACACAAGGACGACAUCGCGAUCGGAGUCGAAUUCCAAUAUAACGGCGAGCGCCAAUGGUGGCUCGCAGCUUCAAGUGAAUGGCCAGAAGGAAAUCGCGAACCCUGCGGCCGACGCAACGGCUGCAACCACCGCCACGACGACGACUUUGGCUACAACAGCGACUGCGACGGCAACGAGUGGUGAAGUGGUGAUACAAAAAUCGAGUGGUGGUAGAUUAAAGGCGGAUCAACCGCCCCAGCAACAACAGACUGUACAGAAUAGUAAGGGAUCGAAGUUAGUACAGCAGGUACAGGAUCUCAAGAUCAACGGAAUUGUACAGAACGGAGAGCAAGUUCAUUCUGAGAAUGACGUUGUCGAGCCUCAGAGAGAAGGUGGUACUCCAGCAAGUACGAUAUCUAGCUCUGAGGACUCUAGUGUGAACCACCAAGUGGAACGUUUAGCUGAGUCGAGCGAAGAGACUAAUAGCAUAGCUAUUUUAGGUUCUUCACCAGCUAGUACAAAUUCAUCGCAAGGCGUUAGUCAUCAACCACCUCCAGGAUUACAUUCCACGAGUAGCGUCAACGCAAGUACCCAGGCCCAGCAAAUCAAUCACAGAUCUAUAUUUCAGUCGGACAAUAACAGUUUCUUUAGUUCGAACACCUUUCAAAAACUCCCGACCCCCACGACGCCCGCACCUCCGACAACACAAGCAGCCAACACAGGCGUGGAUUGGACGAAUCCGGGAAUCGCACCGAUUCCGGACUCCCUACCGACGGUGUACUCAAGCGAAGACUGGCAGGCAGCAUUCGGCUUCCAGACCGAGCUAUCCCGCUCGUCUCUUCACCUCUCGCCCAAAUCCAGUCCGUCGCCCUCGCCCCGAAUAUCCUUCAGCAACGAGGUCGACUUGGAUAUUCUUCUCGCCGACGAGGACUACCCGAUACCCGGUGACAAUCCUGCGAGCAGUGCCAGCAGCAUAGUUAGUCUAGUUGCAAAUUCGCCCGCCACCAAAUUCAUGGCUGACUUCCAGCAGAAUUCCCUGCAGCAGAGGCUAACGAUGCAGGCAAAUCAGAACCAGGAGAACACUGAAUACAUAAAACAAAACGGACACGCGACGCUGAGCGAACUGCAGAAACAGCAAGAGCAGCAGGGAGGAUCGGAUAGGAUCAAGGCCGACGAUGACCUGGGCUUCGAUCCUUUCCACGAGACGCAGAAGGCCCUCGCAGAACUAAUGGAGAACGAGAUGCAGAUUCAGCAGCAGAGGAUGUUCCAACACCAGCAGCAACAGCAACAACAACAGAGGGAGAGGGAGGAGCAAACGAGGGUGCAGCACCAACAGCAAGGUUCUGUUGGCAUCGGCGCGCACCAUUUCACACAUGUCGCCCACUUAGCGCACCUACAACAGCAGGCUCAGCACCUUCAGAACCUACAAGUCCUCCAGCAGCAACAGCAGCAGCAACAACAACAGCAGCAGCAGCAGCAGCAGCAGCAACCACAUUCGCUUCUCUCUCGACUUCCGCAAACGUUACUGCAGCAGAACGGUGGUGCGCAGAGCCCGGUCCAGAGCUCGGUCACGGUUGCCGCCCUCGGACAGCGAAGUAGACUGCCGCCCCCGGGCUUCCCAAGCUCGACACCUAAUCAUAUGAAUUCCUUCGGUCUCGGCAUACCUCGACCGGCACCCACGGCGACUACACUCACAGACUUACUUAUGUCUACAGGUAGCAAGAUACUGCCGUUCGUGAGCCAUUCGUCCGGCGUCCUAUUCACGGGAGGACAGCAGAAUCCGCAGACCUCGUUUCUUCAAAACCAAAAUCCGCUCCUCAAUUCACAAGGGGUUGGCAAAUGUGCCAACGAUGCGAUUUACACACUUAAAGAUUGGUGCGAGUUAAGUGCCCAGCAGCAACAACAGACGCAGCAACAGCAACAGUUCCACCAUCAAGCGCUUUAUCAGAAGGGUGGUUGGAAUAAUUUCGGAUCAAUUUCAGACUUGAAUCCAGUUGAUCCAGCCAUAGUGAGUUCCCGGCUACUUCCAUUCCAGAGUACUACCAGCACAUGGCAAUUCCCUCAUGCGCACCCUUCACACAAUGUGUCUCACAAUGCCCAGCAGGAGCAGACUGCGCCUCCGGCACAGCACUGGGCAAUGCAACCGCCACCUGGUUUUGCCGCACCAACACCGAGUGUUCCUCUCAACGUCCAACAGACCAGCACAGCUGUUCAAGCGCACACAAAGUUCAUCUCUGCGGGAUCGGAAAUUGAGAAUAUAUAGGUGUGUCGAAUAUAAAUGGGAAAAAGAAAUAGCACGGCGAAGAGUGCAGCUUUUUGAUAUAAGAAAAUAUAUGACGAUAAAAGUCCGGAAAGCAGCAAAAGGAAUUUAAAGUCAAUAGCGUACGUUUUCCUUGACUUGUGUCUACGUCUGCCCCCCCCCCCCAUUCCGUAAUAUUUUAUUCGCAUUCAAUGAAUAUUUAAUAUUUACUGAAAAAAAGAGAAUAUAUGAUUUAAUCGAUAAAAAUAACUUUUUACUUUACUCUGUUACUGUUUCAUAUUUACAUUAAUCAUAGUUAUCAUGCACAUUUUUGACGUUUCGGUCUGCAUAAAAAGACUACAAAUAGAUUGAAUUGUUCGGUUUCAAAUAAUUAAUGUCAAAUUUAUUAUCUAAUGAAUACAUCUACUGCUAAUAUUUAAAUAACGUGCUACUAGGCUUUAAUUUCUUACACAAGAUAUAUUUAGUUGACUUUGUAAAAGAUUUUCCUAAUCCUUUAAAAAGUUGGUAACUAAUGGGGACCGGAAUACAUGUACAUGAUAUACCAAUCGUACGAGUACUUUGCUGCUGUAGCAAACGUGACGUUAUUUGAAAGAAAACAUGCAAUAUCGUAUACUUUAUGAAUUUUUUCCUUUUCAAUGAUGAUCUGUAAGUCAAUAUUAAAAGUUUGAUGGCUCUUAUGAUAGUACUGGGCAUUUAAUAUUUUUUGUACAUACAAAUGGCAAAUUUGUUUGAAAUAAUCAUGAAAAAAAUGAAGAAUUUUUCGCAUUAUUCAGCUGUUUAUUAAUUAUAGUUGAAUAAUUGCAAAAAUUGUAUAAAUUGUAAAAUUAUUAAAAGACAGAAAAAAUUGAAUACCUGAUAAACUGUUGAGUGUAAAAUUGUGUAAAAUGUUGAAAUACACAAAAUGCCAGCCAAACACAUUUGAGCCUCCAACUUGAUUAGCCAUGUAUUUCACCAGGUGUUAUCUUUUAGACAAUUGACACAAUCAUAUAAAAAAGAAAAAUAAAUCAAAUAGCGUCACUUGUUUUCAAAUCUUUAUCCGGACAAUGAUUAUAUUUACGUAUAUUCAAAAAGUAUAUAAUAAUCACUACAUGAUCACCGCAAAAGUAUGUGAAAAAUGAUAAAAAUACAAUGAAAGGCACAGUUUGACACGAUAAAAACACCGCAGAUCUGUAAUAGCUGCUGACUUGCUAGACGUUUAUUCCACCAAAGCUCCACUUGGAUUUUCUACGUUGUUUAUUCUGAGAAAAACUUGGGAUUGUAGAUUUUGCACGGAUAAAUUAAUUAAACCGUGAAAAGCUGAAUAAGGGAGAGAACGAGGAAUAACUUCGAUAAUGAUCGUUCAAGAUUUAUAUUUGCUAUACAGAACUUGACGCUCGGCUGUAUACACAACGUGAAAUCUCCAAACGGUGAGAGUUUCGUGCGACUUCGUUUUAUAAAUAUAACAAUGAAAAUACACAAAUACAUGAGAAUCAGUGUACGCUCUGUUUUGAUCGUACUGUGAAAAUUAUGCGGGAUGCAUUGCACUUGUUGAUGCGAAUGAGUUUAAACGACAAAAAAAACAUCAGGGCUGUCAGGGACUUAAAACGCUGAAAACAUAUAGCGAAGAUUUAAUUCGCAAUCCCCAUGUAAAGAUGUAAUUGAAUACGUCGCGUUGCCGUUUGACAACGCGACUGUUCAUACGCUGCGACAAUGAUUAAAUUGAUUAAUCUUGCGAUGAUCAGGUCCGAUUUGUACAUCGAGUACAAAAAUCGGACGCUAGGAUGACGAUUAAAAGAAAGUAUGAAACGCAUACGCGAGAGAAAGAGAGCGAGAAAGCGAUAGAGAGCGAAACGAUUGAGGUACAUAAUGAACAUAUGAUUAUAUUAUAGAUACAAUUGAUUUAAGGUAAUCGAAAAAUAUAUAAUAUGCGAAAAGAAAUAUUGAAAAGAAA